GCGAAGGCGGGGAGGCGGCGGCGGCUGGAGCUGGUCUCCCGCGGCCUCUCGGCGGCGCUGGGCACAACCAUGAGCGAAUCCAGCGAUAGUGGGCUCCCGCCCGGCAGGCCCAGCAGGCAGCCCUUCAUCCACCAAGAGAACCUUUCUUUGGACUCCAGUUGCUUUUCUCCACCUGUGACUUUCCUUCAAGAAUUGCCCAGCUACCGGUCCAUUGCUCGGAAGAGGACAACUGUCCUGUCCCGGGACAAGCAGAGUGGUACUUUGCUGAAGCCCACAGACUCUUACAGUCACCAGCUAGAGAGAGGAAUCGCCGAAAACCUGAAUAACCAAUCCAUUCGGAAGUACGCGCUGAACAUCUCGGAGAAGCGGAGGCUAAGGGACAUUCAGGAAACCCAAAUGAAGUACUUAUCUGAGUGGGACCAGUGGAAACGGUAUAGCAGCAAGUCUUGGAAGCGGUUCAUUGAGAAGGCUCGUGAGAUGACGACCCACCUGGAGCUGUGGCGGGAGGACAUACGCAGCAUAGAAGGGAAAUUUGGCACCGGGAUCCAAUCCUACUUCUCCUUCUUACGGUUUCUGGUGUUGCUGAAUUUGGUGAUAUUUCUGAUCAUCUUUAUGCUGGUUUUGCUCCCCGUCUUGCUCACCAGAUACAAGAUCACCAACAGCAGCUUUGUGCUCAUUCCAUUCAAAGACGUGGAUAGUCAAUGCACAGCAUAUGCAAUAAGUAGUUCUGGACUCACUUACUUUUACACUUACAUCAUAGACUUACUUUCUGGCACCGGUUUCUUGGAGGAUACCUACCUCUUUUAUGGACAUUACACCAUUGAUGGGGUAAAAUUUCAGAACUUCGUCUAUGACCUGCCUCUGGCUUAUUUGUUAAGCACAGUUGCCUACCUGGCCCUGAGUCUUCUUUGGAUAGUAAAAAGGUCAGUGGAAGGGUUCAAAAUCAACCUGAUCCGGAGUGAGGAGCACUUCCAGAGUUACUGCAACAAGAUCUUCGCGGGCUGGGAUUUCUGCAUCACCAACCGCAGCAUGGCAGACCUGAAGCACAGCAGCCUGCGCUAUGAGCUCCGGGCAGAUCUGGAGGAAGAAAGAAUUCGGCAGAAAAUAGCAGAAAGGACCUCAGAAGAAACAAUACGGAUUUACUCUCUGAGGCUGUUUCUGAACUGUCUCGUGCUGGCUGUUUUAGCAGCAUGCUUUUAUGCCAUCUAUAGAGCAACGAUAUUCUCGCAAGAACACAUGAAAAAGGAAAUUGACAAGAUGGUCUUCGGAGAGAACCUCCUGAUAUUGUACCUGCCUUCUAUUGUGAUCACGCUGGCCAAUUUUAUCACCCCGAUGAUCUUUGCCAAGAUCAUCCACUAUGAGGAUUAUUCCCCAGGCUUUGAGAUCCGGCUGACGAUCCUUAGGUGUGUCUUUAUGCGGCUGGCCACCAUCUGUGUGCUGGUGUUCACCCUGGGCUCCAAGAUUACAUCCUGCGACAACUACUCGUGUGAGCUCUGUGGCUACAACCAGAAACUCUACCCGUGCUGGGAGACCCAGGUUGGGCAGGAGAUGUACAAGCUGAUGAUCUUCGACCUCAUCAUCAUCUUGGCUGUGACGCUUUUUGUGGAUUUUCCCAGAAAGAUCCUCGUGACCUACUGCUCCUCCUGGAAGCUGUUCCAGUGCUGGGGCCAGCAGGAGUUCGCCAUUCCCGACAACGUCCUGGGGAUCGUUUACGGACAAACCAUUUGCUGGAUCGGUGCCUUCUUUUCGCCCCUCCUUCCUGCAGUCGCCACCCUGAAGUUCAUCAUCAUCUUUUACGUGAAGGAGAUCAGUCUUAUUUACACCUGCAGACCCUCCCCCAGGCAGUUCAGAGCCUCCAAUUCUAAUUUCUUCUUCCUGUUGGUGUUGUUGAUCGGGCUGUGUUUGGCAAUAAUACCUCUGACCAUCAGCAUGGCACGCAUCCCUUCCUCCAAAGCCUGUGGGCCAUACACCAACUUCAACACCACCUGGGAAGUGGUCCCCAAGACGGUGAGCACCUUUCCCAGCUCGCUGCAGUCCCUGGUCCACGGCAUCACCUCAGAAGCCUUCGCAGUGCCUUUCUUCAUGAUCAUCUGCCUCGUCAUGUUUUACUUCAUCGCCCUCGCCGGAGCACACAAGCGGGUGGUCCUGCAGCUUCGGGAGCAGCUGUCCCUGGAAAGUCGUGACAAGCGUUAUCUAAUCCAGAAACUAACAGAAGCCCAGAGGGAUGUGAGGAACCAGCUAGAAUGAUGGCGAGAUGCUGCUGCUUGGGGCAUAAAAGCUGGCUGGUGACCUGCCAGCCUACAAAGCCCACCUGGGAUUUUAGUGAAAAUUUUUAAAUAUAUUUUUCUGGAGUUUGGGGCUUUCCUGAAAGUGGCUCCAUCCAUGGCCGGUUUUUACAUCCCCCAGCCCCUAUUUAGGGCUUUAGGGACUUAGAAACGCCAGGUCAAGGCUCUGUCUUUGCCUGGGACCCAGUAGCUCAGGGACAGGUCGACACAGUCUUAGGAAGCCGUUGACGCUUUCCAGCCAAAAUUCAAGAGACCAUUUCUAUUUCUACAAGCUUAUUUGUAUUGUCUUUUGACGUUAACUGCAGGGGUUCUCCGUCUUUGAGCCUGGGUUCUUCUGAACCAGGGUCUAGGGCUUUAUGCCGAGAAGUGUCCCUUCUACUUCUUAGAAGUAGGGACUGUCUUGAAUUCAGUUCUAUAGGCUUAAACUGGAGCCUUUUUGUU